UAAAUAGUAAUUAUUAUAUAAUAUUAUAGUGCUUUACACUGUGUUGUGCAACAUACAGAAAUGUUUGAAGUUAAGUGAUUAGACAAUUUUGUAGUCAGUUCAGUUUAUUUAUUGAAAUAUAAAAAACUUCAGAAACUAUAUAGUUAAAAUUUUAGCCAACAUAUUGAAUCACAACAAGCACAGUCUCAUAUUAGAUGGCCAACCUUUAUAAAAACUAUUUGAAACUGUUAAAACAAUGGCCAUUGGAUCCCAGUAAGACUGGCAGAGAUCUGGGUGAGCACAUACGCAAAGAAGUGGGAGCAGCUUUUAGCUCUGGUGAUUCCUUCCGCGGUGAUACCACAAAGUGCAUAAAGAAGUACGAGUCCCUCAAACGUCUUGCUGACAACUACUACUGUAACAAAUACAAGCGAUCGAUUCAAGCAUCAGCAUCAGGACUCAGUGUUCAUCAUUGUACUUCUGUAUUAUCCAAAGAAUCUCUUGAGAUUUUAAAUAAACACAAUGAAGGCUUUUUUAAAACAACUUUUAACAAAAUUAAGGACAAAAUCAGUCCGUCAUCUCAGCAGCAGGCCCCACAAGCCAGUACUGCUGGAAGAAGCAAUUAGAUAUCUGUCACCACAAAAUGGCCACAACAUCAUAGACAUGACAUUCGGUGCUGGGGGACAUACAGAAAGAAUUUUGCAAGAAAAUGAUACAACAGUUGUUUAUUGUUUGGACAGAGACCCAACAGCAUGUGCCAUGGCAAAACAACUUUCUGAACGUUAUCCAAACAGGGUGGUACCUUUAAAGGGAAAAUUUAGUGAUUUGCCAGUUUUGUUAAAAAAUUUAGGAUGCAAAAUGAAUAGUUUUGAUGGUAUUUUAUUUGAUUUUGGUGCUUCUUCUAUGCAAUUUGACACAGCUUCUAGAGGUUUUUCAAUUAGUAAGAAUGGCCCUUUGGAUAUGCGAAUGGAUCCCGAAGAACAGACAGUUACAGCAGCAGACGUGUUAGCCAAAGCUGAUCAAUCAGAUCUGUAUAAAAUAUUUAAAGUAUACGGAGAAGAAAAACACUCAAAAAAAAUUGCAAAUGCUGUUAUUGAAGCAAGGUAUUUAUUCAAACCAUUAAAAACUACGCGUGAUUUUUGUGAGCUUGUUCAAAAUGUUUGUGACAAUGAGAUGAGAAGCGAUAUGUUACAUAGGCCAUCACAUCCGGCCACUAAAGUGUUCCAAGCAUUACGCAUAUUUGUCAACAACGAAUUGAACGAAAUCAACCAUAGCAUAGUGUUGGCAAGUCAUUAUUUGAAAAUGGGUGGAGUGAUGGUGACAGUUGCUUUUCAUUCCCUAGAAGAUACCAUAGUAAAACGACACAUUCAGGGUAAUAUCAAUGAAAACAUGGCUAACACUCUACCCUUGAAGUAUAUUAACCCAAUGCAGGCCUAUGAUAAGGAGUUUAUGAGUGUAGUAAAUGACACUUGUUGGCAUCAAAUCCACAAACAUGUAAUAACUCCAAGUGUUGAAGAGGUUGAAUCAAAUCCUAGAAGCAGAUCAGCACGUCUCAGGGCAGCUGUUCGAAUCAAAUAGUUUCUAUUAUAUCUAGUUUUUGUUAGAAUCGUCAUUUUAUUUUUGUAGAUUAUGUAUAAUUAUAUUUAUAUAUUUUUCUUAAAAUAUAAUUAUUUAAUUUUCAUGCAAGUAA